AUGGCGGCGCCCGUCCUGCUGCGAGUGUCGGUGCCGCGCUGGGAGCGGGUGGCCCGCUACGUGGUGUGCGCGGCCGGCAUUCUGCUCUCGCUCUACGCCUGCCACCUGGAGCGGGAGAAGGGCCUGGACCUCCACUACCGGGCCCUGUGUGACAUCAGCGAGCGGGUCCGCUGCUCCGCCGCCAUCGCCUCCCGAUGGGGUCGAGGAUUUGGUCUGUUGGGUUCCAUCUUUGGAAAGGACAGUGCAAUAAAUCAGCCAAACAGUGUCUUUGGACUUGUAUUUUAUAUUCUACAAAUGUUACUUGGUAUGACAGCAAGUGCAGUAGCAGCUCUAAUCCUCAUGACAUCCUCCAUAGUGUCAGUAGUAGGGUCAUUGUACCUGGCAUACAUUCUGUACUUUGUGCUGAAGGAAUUUUGCAUUAUAUGCGUCAUCACAUAUUUGCUGAACUUCAUUCUCUUUAUCAUCAACUACAAACGACUAGUUUACUUGAAUGAGGCCUGGAAACGGCAACUCCAACCCAAACAGGAAUAACACAUGUUUGAACUUUUGACCGAUAGUCUGAAGAUCUGACUUCCAUUUAAGUUUAUUUUGCAGUAAUUUUUUAUUUUUCAUAUCAGACACUUUUCCCAAGAAUCAUAACUGAUAUUUUUAAUAACUGUAAAUUGGAAGGGGCCCUAGAUAAUUUCUGUGCUAAUCUUCAAUUUAAAUAUGGCUACAAAAGAGAAAGCUCUAAUACAAUCAAAGACAAGCUUUAACUUUACUUUGAAGAAAUUUCUUAGCCACACAAAAUCUAGACUCCUCGCAACUUGUAAAGUGGGUAACGCUAGAAAAUAUCCUGUGUAUAAAUUCAACUUCAGAUAUGACGAGAUGUGAUCAUGACAUUUAAAUAUCCUAGAAUAGAGGUACCAUAUUUAAUGUUGCCAUGUUUACAGUAUGUGUAUUACAUUUUUAGCAGAUGGACUUAAACAUGUAGAUUUGCCUAAAACAUGAUAUUGUAAAUAACUAGAAAUAUUGGAUCCAUUCCUGCAAAACUCUCACUGUACAGUCAAUUUUGUUAGUGUAGCAACUUUAAGAAUGUUCAGCUUAUAGUUGAUUGAUUGAAAUAAUGGAAGGAAUGAGCCCAUAUAGUGUCUUGUGAGAAGCACUAGUAGUAGUGAGUGCAGCAACACAAGUGAUGGUUACCUUUGCUCCAUCUUUUUUCCCUAUUAAUGAAAAUGGAAUUAAAGCUAAAACUUCAGGUACAUCCAGUAAUGAAAUUGUGAUUUAAUAUCCGUACAAAAUGAAGACUGUUUAAUAUGGCCUGCAAAAAGCCACCAUUGGGAAAUAAAUACGCAGGCGGGGGUAUUCUGAAACUGGAGAAAUCUCUUAUAUAAGAUAUUUGAGUAACACUUCUUGGAAUGGCUUAAUUUUCAUGCAGAUCUGUUUUUCAUUUUAAACUGGUGUCAGACAGCCCAAUACAGUGUUACCAACAACAAUCUGACAUUACAUUGAAGGCUGCAAAAUAGAAUUGUAAUUUACAGUGGGUACCAGAGACUUACUGGGCUAGCUGAGUAAUGCACUGACUAAACAGAAAUUUCACUGAUCUUUUUCAGGAUCUUUGAUUUGUGUUAUAUUUAGAAAUGAACUUUAGAACUGACACGUAUUGGCCUUUCAAGGGGCCUUAUCUGUUUGAAUGGGAUAAGUAGGUACAUGUGCUCUUGAAAAUGAAACACUAGUGCUAUCAUUGCUCUUUCUAAUAACUAUUUUUAAAAAGUAAACAAAAUCGUAAACAGUGUUUCUACACUCAAUAUCCUGAAGUGGAAUGUUGAAAGUGCCUUCUGUCUUAAAUUCUUAAACCAAAUAUUGUGUGUGUUGAACUUGGCAGGCAGAAGUGUCCUUGCUAUUUAACAAAUAAACUUGCAGUAUGUAGAAAAGUAUUCUAUGGUCCAUUUUAGUCCUUAGAAUGAGAAGUGGUAGCAAUAUUAUUGGUUCCUUAAGACAAUGUGUUAAACAGACAUGUAGGGCUGAUAAUCUGAUACUUCAUUUACCCUCAAACAAGUUAAUACUGUAUUCUCUGAAACUCGGUGAAUCCAAAAUACAUUGAUUCAACAGUUUCCAAUAGCCGGUGCCAUGCUUUUUCUGCCCUCAUGUCAGCUAGAUUGAACUAGAUCUUUUAAAGA